UGCUCAUCUCUUGAACCGAACGGACGGAAAAGCUGGAAGGUCCGCAGCCGCGGAGUGAAGUCGCCGGGCGGGCAAAGUGGAAAAAGUCAGUUAAAGAAGUUGCCCACGAGCACACGCACACCGGAAAGGAACGCAGGACCUCCGGAUCCAUAUUGACAGCACGCACUGCCCCAUCACCCCUCAUCCAUCAGCCAGAAGCUUCCGCGAAGAAGCCUUCCCUUGAGAAAACAGUUCGUGUGUUAGUGUGAGUGUGUGUUAGUGUGUGUUAGUGUGUGAUUGUGUGUGUGUGUGUGUUUAUCCAGCGAGAAAAAGGGUGACAUCCGAACGCGCUAAUCCAAUCCAAAAGCAACUGAAGCAAAAGUUUAAGGAAGAGAGAGAGAGAGAGAGUAAAAAAACCGUUGUCAAACGUCGCCAUCUUUCAAACGCAUGCUGCUACUGCCGUUGUUUCGGGCUGCUGCUGCUGCUGCUGCUCCACGGGCCUCGAGCACACACAAGUGCUCUUGAAGCAACCAACCAACCAACCGCCGCCCCGUUUCCACACGCACACCAACCAGGCCGGGGUAGCCUUCUCACCAGCCUUCCUCAAUCCCCCCACCCCCCUUUCCUCCCUGCCGCGGGAGAGGCCGGAAGUGCGAAAGUGCGUGUUUUUUUCCGCGUGUGUGUGUGUGUGUGUCUGUGCGUACGUGCGCCUUCGAAAGUCCGUAAAGUAGUGUCGCGCGCGCGUGUGUGUGAGUGUGCGUAAGUGGUGUGAUUUUGUGUGAAGAGUGGUGUCUCUCGUGUGGAAUUGUUCUUGUGACUGCCUGUACCCUCCCCCCCCCCGCCCCCCGCAUCCCCACCCAGUUCUCUUUCGCGGGGUGGUGGGUGUACACGCAGUGCCCUUGAGCCCCUCGCGCUCGGGCCGCGCUUGACUUUGUGUGUGUGUGUGUGUGUGCGUGUGUGUUUUGGCCGUACGUGUGCGCGCUGGAGUGUGCGGGCCAGCGGCAGACAGAUGAUGAAGCUGCCGGAGGGCUUCUCCCACGUCGGGGACGGGCGGCUCAGCAUCGGCGAGGAGCAGCUGGCCAAGCUCAAGACGCCGCGGGACAUCGGUGAGGUGUACCUGGUGGAGGAAACCUGGAUCGCCAAGGGAAUGUACGGAAUCGUGCGGAGUGCCAUAUCGAAGCAGUCCGGCAUCAGCUAUGCGGCCAAGUUUCUGCGCCGGCGGCGGCGGGGCCAGUGCUGCCUGAACGAGAUCAACCACGAGAUCGCGGUACUGAUGCUGUGUGCCGACUCGGACCACGUCGUCAAGCUGCAGGCCGUCCACGAGACGCGCUCGGAGAUCGCGCUCAUACUGGAGCUGGCGACCGGUGGCGAGCUACAGACACUGAUCGACGAGCAGGGCCACCUGUCGGAGCAGAAGACGCGCGUCUGCAUGCGGGAAAUUUUGCGCGCCCUCCAGCACAUGCACAGCAAAUCGAUCGCCCAUCUCGACCUGAAGCCACAGAACAUACUGCUGGCGGGCAAAACCGUUGACGAUGGGCUCAAGCUGUGCGACUUCGGCAUCGCCCGGUUCAUAGCGGAGAAGAACAAGAUCUACGAGAUCGUCGGCACGCCCGACUACGUCGCGCCGGAGGUGCUGCACUACGAUCCGCUGUCCCUGCAGACGGACAUCUGGUCGAUCGGCGUGGUCGCCUACGUCCUGCUGACCGGUUUGUCGCCGUUCGGCGGAGACAGCAAGCAGGAAACGUUCCUGAACGUCACCAAAUGCUCGCUCACCUUUCCGGACGAGCUGUUCGACGGAAUAUCGAGCGAUGCGAUCGACUUCAUCAAGAGUGCGCUGCGCAUCAAGCCAAAGGAACGACUGACGGUGGACGAGUGUCUCGAGCACCGGUGGCUGAAAGAGAAGACGGUGUGCCUGCGGGAAGAGCUGCUGGCUGCCCGCGCAACGCUCAGCCGCAAUGGGACGGGCAUUGGCGAGUGGGACUACACCACGACCACCACCACCACCCCGAUGGGAGAAGAUGCGCUGCUGAAUGGAUGCGAACCGGCAAAUGGUGGCGGUGGCGGCGGUGGUGGCGGAGCGUUGGUACUAGAGAAUGGCAGCAGCAACGGUUGUAACGUGGUAGGAGUGGUGCGGCCGCACGAAGCCGGUACGAAUCAGCAGCAGCAGCAGCAGCAGCAGCAGCAAAUGCUGGCAGCCGGCAGCAACAAUGGCACAGUAAUCGCGCCAUCGGAAGAAAAGCCGCAGUGCGAUGCGGGAGCAGGAGAAGGCGGAGGAGAUGAAAGCGAUGAAGGAGGGGGAACAGCAGCUCCGACGGCGCUUGCUGGCGAGUUGAGGCCGCUGCAGCGGAACAACAAUGGUGGUGGCACCAUGGUAAUACCCUCCGAUGCUUCCUCCGCGUCCACCGAGGACAACAAGGAGAAUGUGAUUGUUGUGGGCGGCGGGGGAGGCGGGCUGGUGGUAAGUAGCGCCGCGUGUGCGCUGUUCCCGGACGCGCCGACCACGCCGAAGGUGAGCCGCAAGGCCCUGCCGGUCGAGCCGCUGAACGAUGGGGGCGGGCUGCACUACAACCUUCAGCAGCACCACCACCAUCACCACCACCUGCAGCAUCAUAACCACCACCAUCACCACCAUCACAGUAGCCAUCUUCAUCAAAACCACCAUCACCACCACCACAACCACCUGCAUCACAGCAAUGGCGCGAACAGCCACCACGCGCUCAAUUCGAGCCAUCAACACCACGCCAAUCAGGCUGUGCUGCAUUCGGCGCCGACCAACAACAACAACAGCAACAGUGGUGGCGUGACAGGUGCGGCUAGUGGUGGCCCCGGCAGCCCGUUCGUGUCCCGCCAAGGUUCACCGUCCUGUGUGAAGAAGUACAUACAGAAGAUGCACCUACAGCAGCAGUUGGCAGUGCCUGCUGGGGGCGAGAUGGCGACAACCACCACCACCACUACCAGCAAACAGGAUGCAAUCACGAUGGUAUCACUCGAAGAGAUGGAGAACAACAGUGUUAGCCCCUCCGGUACGACAGGGAUGGCAGCGAGCAGUAGUAACGGUGGCGACGUUGAAUGCUGCGACCCGCCCGAACACGCUUCCUCCUUCGCCCCUGCCACACCACCGGUCAGCAGCAGCAACGGGUGCAGCAGCAGUAGUAAUAGUAAUAGUAGUAAUAGCAGUUGCCGAACAACGGUAGCGGCCGGUGCCGCGCUAUGUGCAUUGAAUUGUACCGAAGCAUCAUCGGUAGGCGGUGCGGACAGCCGGCACCUCCCUUCACCCGGUCACAAGACGCUACAGCAGUGCGAAAAGGAUGCCAUUAUCUGCUGAUAAAAUAGGAUCGGCUAUUGUAUUAGUACGGCGGUUGAUAGGCGUUAGAAGAAGAAAAAAAACACACUCACACAAUGAGAGCAACA